CAAAAGCAAUGUCGACUUCAACAUCAACUUUUUGUAUUUUUUGGUUAAGUUUUAUUUUGUUGCCGCUAUUAUCAAGAGCAAGUAGUCAGACAAACCAUCCUCCCGCGUCUAGUGCCAAUAGACAGCUGGUGACUCAGAUACUUAGUUAUGUCAACGAGAGUGCUUCACCGUGCCAUGAUUACUAUAAAUAUGCAUGCGGCAAUUGGGCCACAAAGCACAAGAAUGAUAACUAUAUAGAAAUAAUUGGAUUGAUUGAUCAUAAGGUAAACCAGAACCUGCUAAUGCUUCUAACUGAGCUGCAGCAGCAGCAACAGUCCCUGAAGCGUGGCAGUGUGGAAGACAAGGUCUUAAGCUUCUUUCAGACCUGUAAGCUGGCAUCGCAAUCAACGCGCUUGAGUAGACAUUAUUUGCAUUUGGUACCGCCAAACGACCAAAUACCCUGGCCGCAGUUCAAGCGUAGAUCCGAAGCCUGGGGCAGUAGCAAGUUCCAAUGGAUGGAAACUCUGGCCCGACUGCAGCGCUAUGGCCUGACCAAUGUGCUCUUUAAGCUGGAUACGUUGCCUGAUCUGAGCAACAGUAGCAAAUAUAUCAUACGCAUAAACAGACCAAGUUUUGAGGAGAAAAAAGAACGACUAAGAAGCCGAAUAUUAACCAAACUAACACUCCGCAUGCUGGGCACCAGCAUUGGGCAGGCAUCGCGCUUGGCUAAAAGUGUUAAAUUUUUGGAAGCAACUGUAUCUGUACUGGCAGGACAGUCAGAUGAAUGUAACGAGGCCGGCGAAUACCUCACGCUUCAAGAAUUAGAAGUACAAAUUGGCGGCCAAUGGCGAAAAUACUUGGAGAUUGUGCUAGGCCGCAACGUGCCCGCUGACUUUAUGGUGAAUGUAGAAUGUUCUGCGUAUUUGAGAAUGCUUGUAGAUUUCAUCAAACCCAUGAACCGUGAGGUGGUGGCCAGCUACAUAAUGUUGCGCUUCGUCUCGCAUUUGCAGGAAGAGACUAUGGAUAGCAAUGACUCCAUCUCAUGCGUUCAGGAUGUACGUCGCAAUAUGGAGCUAGCCACAAAUCUGUUAUAUGAGCAGCGAUUCAUUGGGCCAGACCGGCGUCAAAAGCUUCAGACUGACAUAUUAGAACUUUUUGAGGUGCUACGUAAACAGGUCCUCAAGAAGUUUGAGACAAACAAUCUAAGAUUGGCUCCUCAUGAGCUGGAUAUGAUGCGAGCCAAACUGCUCAACAUGACCAUCAACAUCGGCAAUAUGCCUCAGGGCGUUGAUCGUGCCCGUUUCGUCAAUGACUUCUAUGCUGAUUUGCAUCUGGUCGGCGAUCGUGAUUAUGCUGCGAAUCAUCUGCGACUAUUGGAGUAUCGCACACGUCGGUGGUUUGACCAGCUGGACAGACCACUCAAUGUAAGCGCUUACUUUUAUAUAAGCGAUUCGGAUACAGGCAUGAGCUCGACACCGUACUAUAUGCUGCGCCAAAAUCUGAUAAUUGUGCCCUAUGGCACACUCCAGCCGCCCAUUUUUUACCAAGACGCGCAUGACGUAUUCAAGUUCAGCUUAUUGGGCUUCAUGCUGAGUCAUGAGUUAAUGCAUGGUUUCGUCUCUGGCGGUAUAGUUUAUGAUUUCAAAGGCAAUUACAACGAGAUGAGCGCAGGAAUCCUUCUGGAAGAUGAAUAUUUAUCGGCCAUCAGCUGCCUGAAUCGCAAUGAAACUGAUUUUAUGGACGAGCGAGAGGCCGAUAUUGCGGGCAUUCGUUUAGCCUAUGACGCUUUCUUUGAUAGCGACUCCAAAUUCAAUCAGUCGCAACCCGCAUUCUCGACUCUCUCUUUAAAGCAGCUGUUCUUUCUGAACAUGGCGCAGUUCUUCUGUGGUGACGCGUCUCCAGAUGACUUCGAAGACCAUGAUGCGGAUGAGAUGCGUUUGAGGCAGGUGCUAAUUAACUUUGCGCCAUUUGCCGAAGCAUACGGAUGCCGUCAAGAUCGUGAUAAUAUGCAUCCGGGCGAGAAAUGCCGAUUAUGGUAAUAGCUAGCACGAUUUGAUUUGUUUCCAAAGGCUUCUUCAGUGAAAGCAAAUCAAUUGCGUAAUAAACAUUUUUAUAUUAAAUAUUUAAUUUGUAUAACAAAAUUACUUUAGAGC